UCUCCGGAGCACCAGAAAGAUCCUGGGAUAUUGCAGCUGUAGAUAUGGUUUCCAAAGCUGUGGUGUCCACUUUACUGGUGAUAUAUGGCCUCUGCAUGCUGGCUGAGAAGACGCAAGCAAGUUUCCCACAUUUUUACUCCCACAGUGAUGUCUGUAACAUGCAGCAUGAGAAGAGCAGAGCAUGUAAAAAGUUUGUACAGCAGAGAUCAGAAGGCGGGGAGCUCCGAGGAGCCAAUGGAUUGGAGGAAGAUGAUAUCCCCAAGCAAAGGGCUCCACUUGAGAUCGAGCUACGACUGGACUCACAGCAGCUAGAGAUUUAUCGUGAUGUUGUUGAUGAAUUACUCAAUGAAGAAGCUCAAAAGCCAUAAUACAGUCAUCGGCCCACUUUGGCAAUGAAGAUGGCAUCAUUCAACAUUUAAUCCUGAAAUCUAUGAAUCCUAAUAAAAAAGAUUUAGUAAACAUA